AUGAGCACGAAUGCGAACGAUGGGUUUGUGAGCAAUAUUUGCGCCGCAGCUGGUAUGGAUCGUCUCGUCAAAGAUAUAUUUGUUAUAUUCACCAGAGAGAGUUUCGAGAAAUCACUUGAUAUCUCAAAGCAUCCCGGAAUGUCGAAACAUGUCGCGGCUAUACACUACGUACCAUUGAGAAUGAAGGCAGUCAGCGAAGAUCAUUAUAAGCAUCUGCUGAAAGACGAGGAAUUGCAACCAAGAUCAGAAUCUCUGACUGAUAUGGUUCGUGAUCUUGAAGCUCGCAAUAAGAUUUUGUGA